AUGCGCGCAGCUGUCCCACCAGCCGCCGCGGGCAAUCGAUCGGAUCGCAUGCGCGUGGGCCAAUCGCUGGCGUACCGAUUACCGUCUCAUCAUGCGACCAUGGACGCACUCUUGCGACCUCCAGCAAGCGACCAGUUGGAGGAUGUUGGCCACCUGCUCGCCGAAUACCGACGUGUCAAGGAGAGAAACCCUAUGUAUGUCGAUCCGCGACUCGAAGCGCUGGGCCUCGAUGAUCUUGCCCGGUUCCCUGGCACGCUCGUAGAAUGGAGCACCACCAUCACACCCCCCGGAUGGCUUCCCGUCGUUAAGUUCAAUCCUGCUACAAAUGUGGAGGAUGUGUAUCUCCUUUACGAAACGGGUGUGGCAAAGGAUGGGGAUCGGCGAAACCCGUCGAUGCCUUGGCGCGAAAUGGAGCGCCGCUUCGGAACUCGCUGGCGCGGUGCGCCAGGUCAAACCGCACCCGGUGUCGAAUGGACUCGCAUAAACAGGGUCCUGAAGUUCAUCAACGAGGCCGUGGAAGGAGUUCCAUCUCGACAUGGUACCUUACAGCAACGAAGUGAGCUCGUUGUGGCAAGCAUCAAGACGGCGCUUGCCCCCGCGGACUUCGCAAGGUACCGAAAGUUCUACGAGCACAUGCAGAAGAAGGACACGCGCGAAGUCAAUGGAGCGCAACUCAACAACUACGAUGCUCUCAAAUUGGCGGUCCGAGUCCAGUACCAAUAG